UGUUUGUUUACAUAUCGAUUGCAAAAUAAUUCAAUACGUCAUUUUGAUUUUAAUAUUUACAAGAAGUAGCAACAUGGGGAUGUCAGUAAGUAAAGCUGACUCAAAGAGGUCACAUGGGCAAGCGUUACCUAGACAACCGAUGGUCAACCUGCCGCCGUUGCCUCCCUAUAACGGUCAUCCCAUCCAAUAUCAUCACAUCAUUAUCAAUGCGACGCUUGAUGUACAAGCUCAUUUCAGCUUCAUGGAUCCGAACUUAUCAAUCCAGUCAACUAACGUAGAACAGUACUAUCCACAGCUCGCUGCAAUGUAUGACCAAGGCUUUAAAAUGCUAGUAUUCGUUUCUCUACCUGGUUCUACAAAAAAUUACGGAUUUGCCUCCCUUGGCCAUAGCCAAGUUAAUAUAAAAUUCCAAGGUAUAUUCCGAAGGCUGCUACCAGAAGAAAUGGAACAGCAGUGGCAGUUACGUGUUGAAAAAUCUACAUUGAUCAACCAGAUGUUCAUGCAGUGGUCUGGUAACGUGUUUCUCAAUGCCGGUGCUCACACCGGAAGUACGACCGACAAUAAUCAUAUAUUUCAAACACUGAACAAUAUUUCACAGAGUGGCGGACGGCUGAUCAGUGUAGAAUUAACUGGUAUGGCGGGACAACAGAUUGAGAUGCAGCGACAAAUGAUGCAGCGUCAAGCACAAAGACAAUACUGGGCAACUGGCACCAUGCCAAUGAUGCAGGUUGCCGUUGACGUAUUCUACGAAGUACCCCGCGCACCCUCUAGUGAGAGAUAUGUUUAUCAAGUUGUUAGCUGUCCGAUGACUUCAACAUUCCAACAAAGCUUCCCACAUGGUCAGUUUCACUCGGUCAUAAACUGGGAAGCUAUAAUGUCCCAGUAUCUGGGAACUGGUUGGAAACUGGUGGAGAUAUUUGAGGACUAUUCUGUCUCCUCCGUCAGUCAGAUGAGUGGUUUCACCGCCAAUGUAACGCAGAAUAAGAACUGUCUUUGGAUUUUUGAAAAACCAUCGUCACGGUUGAAUGAUAACACGCCAUUUUAUGAAGGAACAAUGGUGGAGCAUUGGUUUAGAACAAAAACUGAGUUGCAUGGCCUCGGUUUUGGUGGAGCCUCGACAAACGUCACGACAGACUGGGAACCGGUGAUUGAACAUUUUGGACGGCAUGGGUGGCAGGUGGUGAGAAUAUUGGAAACACCCGAUGUCAGGAUAGAGGGUGCGUUCAAUCCAACCAUGCAUACUCGCCAGCUUAUUUUCUUUCAGCGUUUGAUAGCUGGCAGAUCGGAUGUUGUUGGAAUCAACGCUGCUAUGCCUCAGCCCCAACCGGAAACUGACGCUAACGGGGAGCCAGCCGCACCGCCGUCAUAUAAUGAACUUUACACCGAGAAAUGAGAAGUGAUUGACAAUAUUAACGCUCAAGAAGCCGCAUUUACCAAGUACCAGGUUUAUCUACAGCAACGCUGAUUUGUCACUAUUUUUAAAUUGAUUUUACUUUUUAUGUUCCCCAAAGGGAGAGCAUCAAGUCGCCGCUUUGUCUGUCUAUCUGUCCGUCGUCUUUUCUUGUCUGGGACAUAACUCUGAAACUUCAUGAAGUAUCAAUACAAAACUUUGUAGUACAUGUAGAUAGAUCUCACUGAGUAGAGAUGCAGUGGAAAAGAAUCGUAACUCUAGCUUACCUAAUUUUGGAGUUAUUGCCCUUUGUUCAUAUUAAUACUUUGAACAUUGUCCAGGACAUAACUCUGAAACUACAAGAGGUACCAACAAAAGCUUUGUAGGUUGAUAGAUCUCACUGAGCUGAGUAGAGAUGCAGUGAAAAAGAAUCGUAACUCUAUUUUGUCUAAUUGUGGAGUUAUUGCCCUUUGUUCCCUAUUUAUACUUCGAACAUUGUCCAGGACAUAACUCUGAAACUACAGGAGGUAUUAACAAGAUGUUUUGUAUGUCCAAAACAUGUUCGGUGAGCAUCACCCGGUUUUAAAUAGUAUUUUUAUAUAUUUUUUAAUUUCUUCUUCCUUAAAGUAAUCGAUUUGUGAUAUUAUAAAAGUCUUAGCGAGGAUGAUUUCAAUUGAAUAAAACCACAUGUGAUUUAAACAUAAAGCACUUUUCAAUUUUAGCAGUUGAAAGAUAGAGUAGGUUUACACCAUGGAGAAAUAUGACUGCAUAUAAUGCGUGUAGAUUUAUUAAAAUGAAAAUUACAGUGUACAUUUUAUUUUCAAAGCGGCCAUCAUUGUAAUUAUUCAGUGAAAAUCUUUAUUAACAUCACCGGUUUGAUUCUAUUAAUCAUCAUUUGAUUUGAACUGUAAAUGUUAUAUCAUGCGGUGAACCCUGCAGCUAAAGUUAAUUUUGAUUUUAUAUACUUCUUUAUAAUUAUAUAUUUGUAUUGAAUGUAUACACGGUUUAAGUUCGUUUCUUUCAUACAUGAAGUCUUAAUGUAAAUAUAUAUUGACUUGAUUGUAAACAAAUUGUUAACGGGUUUUUAUUUAUAAACAGGUAUUUAUUCAUUUAUAUUUUCUAUAUUUAGAUAUGUAUUAAUUAAUUCUUAAAUUACAUAUCGUUCAUUCAUUUUUAUUGCAUGAGUGAUACAUGUUUAAGUUUUUUUACUGUUACUUUAUUAAAACUUUUUGAUAUAUCUUGUUUUGUUUAUUGAUCUGUUAUCAUGGACUGUUUUAAAAUUGUUAACUAUGUUUUUGCGUUUACAUUACAAUAUAGUUAGGAAGAAGAAUAUGAAUGCAUCUGUAUUUUGAUUAAUUUUUUAUAGUCGUAUUCAGUUUAUUGACGAUACUUUUCAUUUCUUUUCUUUUCCUUCAAAAUCUUUUGUAAAAUUACUUAAUUAAUGCAUUAUUUUAAUCUGAGACUUAAAAUGACUUAAUCCCAUCUUUUAUGCCCACGAUAACGUUGCAAAAAAUUUUUGGCCCAACCCUUUUGUAUAUUGUGAGUAAAAUUGAUGUAUAUUUAUAUAUGCAAUAAAAUAUUAUAUUAAACUAAGUUUAUUGAAUUUUAUAUUAAUUUUAAGAUUUCUUGUUUUUGAAGUAUGAUAAGUGAUUUUUUAAAGCGUAUUCAUACCAUAUUCCAAUCACUAAUUGUUACUGAUUAACGUGUUAUCAUUCGAUAUACCAUAUAAUUUGUAACACUAUGUAUGCACUGAUGUACUGUUAAUAUGAUGUUUGUUGAUUAUAACCAAAAAACAA